AGCCGCGAGAUGCGCCUGGCUCACCUCUGCUGCUGCUGCUGCCUCCUUUACCAGCUGGGGGUCUUGUCGAAUGGGAUCGUUUCAGGGCUGCAGUUCGCCCCGGACCGGGAGGAGUGGGAAGUCGUGUUUCCUGCGCUCUGGCGCCGGGAGCCGGUGGACCCGGCCCGCGGCAGCGGGGUCAGCGCGGACCCGGGCUGGGUACGCGGCUCCCGGACUCCAGCGGCCAGCAGCUCCCGCGAGGUGCGCUCCGUGGCCCCGGCGCCGCCCGAGGAGCCCGUGGAGGGCUUGUCCGAGCCCCGGCCCCCGCCGCUGCCCCCGCCGCCGCCGCAGGAGGGAGAGGAGGACGAGGAGUUUGAGUCGCAGGAGCUGCCUCGGGGAUCCGGCGGGGCAGCCUCUGUGUCCCCGGGCGCCCCAGCCUCCUGGCAGCCGCCGCCGCCCCCACAGCCACCCCCGUCUCCGCCCCCGGCCCUGCACGCCGAGCCGGAAGGCGACGAGGUGCUGCUGCGGAUCCCGGCCUUCUCCCGAGACCUCUACCUGCUGCUCCGGAGAGACGGCCGCUUCCUGGCGCCGCGCUUCGAGGUGGAGCAGCGGCCGAGCCCUGGCCAGGGCCCCACGCGGGCAGCCGCCACCCCGGGCCCUCCCGCGCCGCCCGACGCCGCCUGCUUCUACACCGGGGCGGUGCUGCGGCAUCCCGGCUCCCUGGCCUCUUUCAGCACCUGUGGAGGUGGCCUGAUGGGAUUUAUUCAACUCAAUGAGGACUUCAUAUUUAUUGAACCACUCAAUGACACAAUGGCCAUAACGGGUCACCCGCAUCGUGUGUAUAGGCAGAAAAGGUCGAUGGGGGAGAGAGUCACAGAGAAGCCAACUCCUCACAGUCAGUACUGUGGUGUCCUCUCAGAUAAAGGAAGACCUAGAUCUAAAAAAAUAACAGAGAGUGGAAGAGGGAAACGAUAUUCAUACAAAUUACCUCAAGAAUACAACAUAGAGACGGUAGUGGUUGCAGACCCAGCAGUGGUUUCCCACCACGGAGCGGAUGCGGCCAGGAGAUUCAUUCUAACCAUCCUAAAUAUGGUUUUUAACCUUUUCCAGCACAAGAGCCUUGGCGUGCAGGUCAGCCUUCGUGUGAUUAAGCUUGUUCUUCUCCAUGAAAUGCCGGCAGAUCUCUAUAUUGGGCACCAUGGGGAGAAAAUGCUGGAGAGUUUUUGUAAGUGGCAACAUGAAGAAUUUGGCAAAAAGAAUGACAUACAUUUAGAGAUGUCAACCAGCUGGGGAGAGGACGCAGCGUCUGUGGAUGCAGCCAUACUUAUAACAAGAAAAGAUUUCUGUGUGCACAAAGAUGAACCAUGUGAUACUGUUGGCAUAGCUUACUUGAGCGGAAUGUGCAGUGAAAAGCGGAAAUGCAUCAUUGCCGAAGACAACGGCCUGAACCUAGCAUUCACGAUUGCUCAUGAAAUGGGUCACAACAUGGGCAUCAGUCAUGACAAUGACCACCCGUCGUGUGCAGAUGGUCUUCAUAUCAUGUCUGGUGAAUGGAUUAAAGGACAAAAUCUCGGUGAUGUUUCCUGGUCCCAAUGUAGCAAGGAAGAUUUGGAGAGAUUUCUAAGGUCAAAGGCCAGUAACUGCCUGCUGCAGACAAAUCCCCAGAGUGUCAACUCCGUCAUGGUCCCCUCCAAGUUGCCGGGGAUGACAUACACCGCUGACGAGCAAUGUCAGAUUCUCUUCGGGCCACUGGCUUCCUUUUGUCAAGAGAUGCAGCAUGUGAUUUGCACAGGCUUGUGGUGCAAGGUGGAAGGCGAGAAGGAAUGCAGAACCAAACUCGACCCCCCGAUGGACGGGACUGACUGCGACACUGGAAAGUGGUGUAAGGCUGGCGAGUGUACCAGCAGGACCUCCGCACCUGGACACGUGGCGGGAGAGUGGAGCGUGUGGAGCCCCUGCAGCCGCACCUGCAGCGCCGGGACCAGCAGCCGAGAGCGCAAGUGUCCCGGGCUAGGUUCUGAAACGAGGGAUUGUAAUGGUCCCAGAAAACAAUACAGAGUAUGUGAGAAUCCACCUUGUCCUGCAGGUUUGCCUGGAUUCAGAGACUGGCAAUGUCAGGCCUCUGGUGUUAGAGCUUCGUCCUCAAAGCAUGUGCUUCAGUGGCAAGCCGUCACGGAUGAAGAAAAGCCAUGUGCCUUGUUUUGCUCUCCUGUUGGGAAAGAAGAGCCUAUUCUUCUGUCAGAGAAAGUGAUGGAUGGAACUUCUUGUGGAUAUCAGGGAUUAGAUUUCUGUGCCAAUGGCAGGUGUCAGAAGGUCGGCUGCGACGGCGUGCUGGGGUCUCUGGCGAGGGAAGACCACUGCGGCGUGUGCAACGGCAAUGGAAAGUCGUGCAGAGUCGUUAAAGGAGAGUUUAAUCACACCAGAGGCACAGGUUACGUGGAAGUGCUGGUGAUACCCACCGGGGCCCGAAGGAUCAAAGUCGUGGAGGAGAAGCCGGCACACAGCUACCUCGCGCUGCGAGACACUGGGAAGCAGUCUAUCAACAGCGACUGGAAGAUCGAACAUUCCGGAGCCUUCAGCUUAGCGGGAACUACUGUUCAUUACGUCAGACGAGGCCUCUGGGAGAAGAUCUCCGCCAGAGGUCCCACCACAUCACCUUUACACCUCCUGGUGCUGUUAUUUCAAGACCAGACUUACGGCCUUCACUAUGAAUACACCAUCCCCUCAGACCCCCCGGCUGAGAACCAGAGCGCUAAAGUCCCUGAACCGCUCUUCCUGUGGACACACACAGGCUGGGAAGAUUGCGACGCCACGUGCGGAGGAGGAGAAAGAAAGACAAUAGUGUCUUGCACGAAAAUCAUGAACAAAAAUAUCAGCAUUGUGGACAACAAGAAGUGCAGACACUUAACGAAGCCAGAGCCACAGAUUCGCAGGUGCAAUGAGCAGCCGUGCCAAACCAGAUGGAUGAUGACAGAAUGGACCCCAUGUUCGCGGACCUGUGGAAAAGGGAUGCAGAGCAGACAAGUGGCGUGUACCCAACAGCUGAGCAACGGGACCUUGACCAGGGCCCGGGAGAGGGACUGCGCUGGGCCCAAGCCCGCGGCCGCGCAGCGCUGUGAGGGCCAGGACUGCAUGACCGUGUGGGAGGCAGGAGUAUGGUCUGAGUGCUCGGUCAAGUGCGGCAAAGGCGUCCGUCACCGGACCGUGAGGUGCACCAACCCCAGAAAGAAGUGUGUCCUCUCUACCAGACCCAGGGAGGCGGAGGACUGUGAGGAUUACUCGAAAUGCUAUGUGUGGCGAAUGGGUGACUGGUCCAAGUGCUCAAUCACCUGUGGCAAAGGAAUGCAGUCGCGGGUUAUCCAGUGCAUGCAUAAGAUCACAGGAAGACAUGGAAACGAAUGUUUUUCUUCAGAAAAACCUGCAGCGUACAGGCCAUGCCACCUUCAGCCCUGCAAUGAGAAGAUUAAUGUAAACACCAUCACAUCCCCCAGGCUGGCUGCUCUGACCUUCAAGUGCCUGGGAGACCAGUGGCCCGUGUACUGCCGAGUGAUCCGCGAGAAGAACCUGUGUCAGGACAUGCGGUGGUACCAGCGCUGCUGUGAGACGUGCAGGGACUUCUACGCCCAGAAGCUGCAGCAGAAGAGCUGA